AUGUCAGUGGACAAAGGUGUUUCUUCAUCAACUAUUACGAUGAUUCAAGAUAAAAAACUACAUGAUAUGAUCACCUGCGGUCCUGAAUUAUAUAUUGUUUAUGACCAAGAACCCAAAGAUGAAUAUCUUCGAAAUAAUGAUCAGAUUGCACGUCCAAAUGAUUGGAAAUAUCAUUCUCGAAUUCAGAUUAUGUGA